AUGUCUUCAACUCAUCCAGAGGGCAGCGGUCACCCCGCUGGCACUUGGGGUGGGAAUUCCGAGGCUGCUAAACACGCGUCGUUCGCCAUUCGACACCAUCAAAACGAGAAGGCUGUCAAGUACUUUGCCGCUGGGGUUUGCGGUAUCCUGGCAAUCUUCAUCCUCGCUCACAUACUCCGCCACCCAGGUGGUCCACGGGCUAACUCUCUUGGCAGAACAGUGCGCAGCGUUCUACUUAGGCCACUUCCGGGGUUCACUUCAUCUGGUCAUGCUUUGACAAUUGCGGCCUACACCGCAAUCAACGCCGCUGUUUCCUUCACGAAUGUCGAUACAGGCAGCUAUGGAGCCUUGGCAAACAGAUUCGGCUGGAUGAUAUCUGGAAAUCUCUGUGUGUUAGUUUUCCUUGCACUCAAGAACACACCACUCGGUUUCCUUGUCGGCUACUCCUAUGAGAGGAUCAACAUCCUCCACCAGGCCGCUGGCUACACGACGGUCCUGUUCACGGCACUGCACGCCAUAAUGUAUGCGGUCCAAUUCAUGACCUUGAACCGGCCCGAGAUGCUCCGCCGCCCCUCGGACGUCUCCGGCAUCGUCGCGGGCUUCGGCAUGCUCGUCAUGUUCGCGAUGCCGCUCCUCCUCAAGGGAUCACGCUACGAGGUCUUCUACGUGAGCCACAUCACCUCUUUCAUCAUCAUCAUUGUCACCGCGGCACUGCACCAGCACAAGAUUGCCGAGGGCGUCGCCAUCAUGACCAUCGUGGCCGGCGCCCUUUGGGCAGCCGACCGGGUCCUCCGGGCACUGCGGCUCAACUACAACGCGUGGGGGAACUAUGCCAAGUUGUACCCCCUUUCGGACGGCGGCACGCGCGUCCUAGUAAGGAGGCCCCCUGGCCAGGCCGUCCCCGGCCAGCACUGCUUCCUUUGGAUCCCUGGCGCCCGGCUGUUCGAGACGCACCCAUUUAGCAUUGUGGCCACGGAGCCGUGGGUCGAGUUUGUCGUCAACUCGCGUGAUGGCUUCACGAGAGACUUGCGGGCGCUGGCGCUGCAGAAGGAGGGCGCCGAGGUCCUCGCUUCCCUCGACGGGCCGUACGGCACGUUCCCCGAUCCCCUUCACUUCGACAGGGUCGUCAUCAUUGCCGGAGGAAGCGGGGCGAGCUUCGCCUUUGGCGUCUUGGGCAGUUUGCUCAGCAGGAUGGGGCAUGAUCACCCCACGGAGGUCGAGUUUACCUGGACAGCAAGGGAGAGCACACACCUCAGCUGGUACCAGGAUCAUAUAGAUUCCACCAGAUCGCACGAACAUGCUUCAAAGAUUUCGCUCACAUUACACAUCACGCGCGAGACUGCCGACAACUUUGCGAAGGGCAAGGGCCUUGAGCAUCAGGCAAGCUUCUCCGAUGUCGAGAAAGCAGCCCCAACGGUGUCCGCGCAUGAGUCGGCCGCCAUGAACUUUGGCCGUCCUAAUAUCAAAGCAUUGAUCGAGUCAUCGCUUGAUCGUGCGCGGCCGGAGCAGAGGGUGCUGGUAGUCACCUCCGGGCCAGCCGGAUUGAUGCGUGACAUACGCAAAUCAGUGGCUGCGACUAUUCGUCCGAACGGUCCUGGAGUCGAGUUACACUGCGAACAGUUUGGGUGGUGA